UGCAAGACGCCUCAGGUGUUCAUUGAUGACAGGUACUCGUACAAGCCUCGUAAAGUUGUGAGCCUAUCGGAAAGACGAACGACCCGGGGUGUGGGGAGGAGCACGCGCCGACGGUGAAAACGAUUCACGCGGCGUAGUCGGCGCCUGGCCUGCCCCCACUCUGCUGGUGUUUAGCCAUUGUUGUUGGACGUCGGCCUGUUAUCAAUGACUCGGGGAAGGAUGAUUCAUCGCUCCAGAGUGCCGCUCGCAAGGUGUCCCAAUUAUCCGCCCACCGUGCGCCAUUGUUUCUCCUCCCUAGCUCCUCUCGCAAAUUCCUGCGAAAUGUUUGUACCUGCUAUUCUGCCGACAAUCUUUUGAGUUAAAACCUGAGCAACUUCCGGUGUAAUCAAGAAAGUAAUCAGUGUGGAUCUUCGUGAUCCCUAUCCUCCGCGCUCCCCACGCGCCGUGGGAGGCUGAGUAAUUAUAGUCCACCGUGGGCAGUGUCAUGGCUGGUGCCGACAUCUGGAGGAGGAGGGAGAAGUAAAAGGAUGCCGGCUCACCUGACAAACGCAGUUGAUGCCGAGUAGCCAGGCGCCGUCACCUGUCUCCUGCUGCAGACACUCCGUCAGUCUGUCGCGGACUGCAGCAGCCUGGUAAACCACUGUGGACCCCAGAGGCAGGCAGUUUCCUUGCCAGAGAUCAGAGCUUAACCACAGCUUGAGGGCGAGAGGUUUACGACCACAUGAUGGGGACAAGACAAGAGAGUUUGUUGGCCAAAAGCAGGGGGAGCUACCUGCACUGACUAUCAUCGCUCCACUCAGAGUAUCACUGGGGUCAGACUCUCUGAGGGCAACCACCAUCAUGUGCUGGUCGCAUGGCCGCCACGCUCACGGCCUUUCAGAUAUGACAAGAAUUUCCAAGUACUGACUCUGAAAUCUUGCAUGGAGCCGACCUGGACUGCUGGCACUGGCCUGUGAGUAGCAGCAGCGCGCAAUCCAAACAACGCGCAACACACGAGACGGCGCGAGUAGCUGCUGAAACGGUCACGUGACGAGCCUGCCACUGUUUUCAUUGGUCGUCGCUGUGUGUGGCCAAAGUUUUAAUUUGUUUUUUUGUCUACCAGUUGGAUGCAACUUUUAAUACCACAGCGUUGCUGUCGAGGUGAAGAAAAUGCAAAUAUCAUUGGUUGUCGUCAAGGAGCAGUAAUUCGUUUGAACACCAGCACCUUUCAUUACCGCUGGCAGCACUGAUUACCAUUACCACUUGCUGUGGUCAUUAUACAGCAGUGUGAUUACCAUUACCACUUGCUGUCGUCAUUAUACCACAGGUGUGACUACCAUUACCGCUGGCUAUCUCACUUCACUGCAGGUUUGAUUACUACACGUUGUCGUCAAUAUAUGUAGCAGACGUGAUCCCGACUGGCUGUUAUUUGUACAUAGCAGGUUUGAUUACACUGACAGUUAUUGUAUCUAUGACAGGAAGUAUGGUGUGUGAACAACAAGUUUAAUAACAUCGGUUAUCUCUCAAGAUGCUGGUAGCCGUAUAUCCGCAGCUGUGACUGUGUUUGUUUGUGUGGGCGCCGCGCGAUUUGUGCUGCUCCGUCUGUGACAAGAGACUGGUGGGAUGGUUGUGUUCGUCAGUCUGAUGUUGCUAGCAGGUCGUGUGUGGUGAUCAGCGCGUCAGAUAGUCAGAUAGCCGUCAGAUAGCCGUCAACAUGGCAUCCUUGAGAGUUGUGAUGCUUCUGGCGCUAGCGGCGCGUGGACCUCGUGAGGUGGAGAGUGCACGCGACAGGCACAGAGAUGACAUGGGUCUGAUCUGCCCUCCCUGUCACCAGAUUCACUGCACCACCUGGAACCCCGCCGACCUGAGGUGUGAGGGUGGGGUCACAACGGGAGUGUGUGGGUGUUGUCCAGUGUGCGCUCGUACGGCCGGUCAAACGUGUGGCGGCGACCUGGCUUACCUGGGCAAGUGUGACCGAGGACUCACCUGUCUACCACCUGCACCUUCCACUGGACCACCUUUGCCGAGAUUCCCGCUACAGAGGGAGGAGCCCGGCAUCUGUACUAAAGAAGGGGAGAUCACCAGUCAGCAGUCUGAUGCUGCCCUCCGACGACCCUGUCGCCCCAAGUGCACCCUCCAGUACUGCACCCGCCACCCGCGUGCCAUCUGCUCUGCAAGCUCCGUCGCUGACCCACCGCGACCCUGUCAGGGAGCCUGCCAGCAUACUUCCUGUCGCGCAUGCGCUGUGGAGGAUGAGUGUGUCCGCUGCUCUGGCCACGACUUCCAGUGUCUGAAGCAGUUCGGACGCUGCGUGGCCAGGAAACGAGGUCAUGCUGUCAGAAGACAAGGAUGUCGACAGGUCAAGGUGAAAGUGAAGGUGGCCGCUGGUCAGCGUUUAGUCUGCGAGGUGCCGGAGUGUCCAGGCUGAGAAUGUCUGCGUUCCCACUGACAGGUGUGAGAAGGAGGGGGACUGGCUGGCUGUCUGGCUGUCUGGCUGCUGCUGUAUCCUUGACCUCAUCCCUCUGUGUCAUGGCGGUGGAGGAUGCCCUGACGUCAUGUGACAUCGAGAUGAAUCACUGGAUGCUCAGAUUAUUUCAAGAUGAAAAAAAGGAAGAAAAAAAUUGCAGGUGAGUGCUUACUGCGUAUCUCAAGCAAUGAGACUUGAGGAGUGUCAUCAGUUGUAGCUCUCCGUGAUGUCACAGGUUAGUUAGGCGUGACCCGCUGACACCUAGAGGCUACAGCGAUUUCCUCAACUGUGACAACAGUGAUGACGCACACAAACUGUCAUUGCUUAGCAAGCCUCAUCAUUUCCCACAAAAAGUCAUCUACUGGCACUGAAAGUGGCUUGAAAUGAUGGCACUUGCUGACAGUUGCUGACAGUAAAAGCCUCUAGUGGACAGGUUGUGCUUUGUCCCAGCAACACUUUCUCUCCUGCCGUGCAUCACCGCGUGGAACUGUCGUAUGGAAGCUUUCCACUUUGAUAAGUGCUGACAGUUCUGAUGAACAGGAUCCUCCACUGCUUGAAAAGCUUGAGCUCCCUGCACCUUGAGUAGUCUGUGUCCCACGUCAUCAGCACGGACAAGAUGAGGGCAUCGGCCAGUCCUCCACGUGGAUGGAAAGAAGAGGGUGGAUAGUACGGACACGUGCACACCAUGCACAACAUGCACGCCGCCAAUUGUGAUAUCUGCUUUCUUGUGUGACUGUGAUAAAUUGAAGUGGUGCCCGCAACACGAGAACCACCUGGCUCAAAGGACCGCCUCGUGCUGUACGCAGCUGGAUGCAGCUGGCCAAGAAACAUCAUCUGGCUUGGUCAUCAUCAGAUAGUUGGACUCGCGGCUGCUAUAAGCUGCUGGCAUCAAUAUUAAACAGGUUUUGUUGAUUAAGUUGUUCUUUGUUUCUCCCCAGCACAGAGAUGUGAAUGGCUACUCGUUGAAUCUUUGGUCGUUGACAGGAUGAAGCAGUCUACGGUCUUACAGGACAUUGAGAGCUCCUACUGACAGGGUAACAGCUUGUGUCUCCUUGUCCUGUGACAAGAUGGGGAGUGGUGAGUACAGUUCACACCAAACUUCCUGUUUGCCCUGAGCACUCACUGAAGGUACAAGUGAAGCUCUUUUCAAAUAUUGCAAAAUGACGGCAAUGCCUACAAUUCCCAACUUGUAUUGUUUUAACGGCUUUGUUAUUAACCGGAAAACUGAGAAA